UGGUUUAGUUGCUGGGGGCAGAACUGUUAUGUGCUCUUCGUGUCAUCACUCCCCACUCGCUCUCACUCAUUCAUAGAGAGAGAGAGAGAGAGAGAGAGAGAGAGAAUCGAAUGCUUUGUACAAAGACAUCGCAAUAGUUGUCGGUUGUAAAAAGAUGGAGAGACCAUCACCGUGGAAAAAUUUUCGGACAAGUGGAAUCUCUCUGCCUCUCUCUCCUAUUAGUCUAAAAACACCUCUUUCAGCUAAUUUGGUGAAGGGGGCGAGACUGUGAGGAAGAAAGGGAAGGACGAAUCUUUCUGUUGUUUCAGCCUCAGCCCACUUCCUCUCGUAUACCUUGGAAGGUCGGGUGUCCUAGUGUUUUAUGCAAAUUGUUGGUGAAAUAAGAGAGGAGGUGUUGUUGCUGAUCUUCUUAUUGAGCAAAAAUCAUUUCUCACGUCCACACGAUGGUCUCAAGGUCUUAUUCUAACCUUUUAGACCUUUCUUCGGGCCAGUGCCUGAGUUAUGGUCGUGAGAGGAGGAGGUUCUCACGCGUGGCCACUGUCAGCGGAGCACUAUCUGAGCUCGAUGAUGACAACAGCAACAGUGUUGGCUCAGAUGCUCCCUCAUCUUUAUCUCAGGAGCGGAUGAUUAUUGUUGGAAACCAGCUCCCGAUUCGAUCCCACAGAAGAGACAAUGGAGAAUGGUAUUUUUCCUGGGACGAGGACUCGCUUCUUUAUCAACUUAAAGAUGGCAUUGCGCAAGACGUGGAAGUGAUCUAUGUUGGUAGUCUGAAAGAAGAAAUAGACGUGAGUGAGCAAGAUGAUAUAGCCCAAACCUUGCUCGACACUUUCAAAUGUGUUCCGGCUUUCAUUCCUCCUGACCUGUUCAGUAAAUUCUAUCACGGAUUUUGUAAACAGCAACUCUGGCCUCUGUUUCAUUACAUGCUUCCAUUGUCACCGGAUCUUGGUGGUCGGUUCGAUCGGUCUCUUUGGCAGGCGUAUGUCUCUGUAAACAAGAUUUUUGCGGAUAAAGUUAUGGAAGUGAUUAGCCCUGAAGAUGAUUUUGUGUGGGUUCAUGACUAUCAUUUGAUGGUUUUGCCAACAUUCUUGCGGAAACGAUUCAACAGUGUGAAGCUUGGAUUUUUCCUUCACAGCCCAUUUCCAUCAUCAGAGAUAUAUCGAACUCUUCCUGUGAGGGAUGACCUACUGAGAGCGCUUUUAAAUGCCGAUCUUAUUGGUUUCCAUACUUUUGAUUAUGCCAGGCACUUCCUAUCUUGUUGCAGCAGAAUGCUUGGCCUUUCUUAUCAAUCGAAACGAGGUUACAUUGGUUUAGAGUAUUAUGGUCGCACAGUAAGCAUUAAGAUCCUUCCUGUGGGAAUUCACAUAGGUCAGCUUCAAUACGUGUUAGAUCUUCCUGAGACUGUAUCAAGGAUUGCGGAGUUACGAGAUCAGUUCAGGGAUCAGACGGUAAUGCUUGGGGUAGAUGAUAUGGACAUAUUUAAAGGGAUCAGCUUGAAACUCCUAGCUAUGGAGCAAUUGCUUUUGCAGCAUCCCGAAAUGCAGGGCAAAGUUGUCUUGGUCCAAAUUGCGAACCCGGCAAGAGGACGAGGGAAGGAUGUGCAAGAGGUUCAGUCUGAAACUUUCGCUGCGGUGAGGAGAAUUAACAAAUCAUUUGGAAGGCAAGGAUAUAAUCCUGUAGUUCUCAUAGACAGUCCGCUGCAGUUUUAUGAGCGGAUUGCUUUCUACGUAAUUGCAGAGUGUUGUCUAGUCACGGCAGUGAGGGACGGGAUGAACCUUAUACCCUACGAAUAUAUCAUAUGCAGACAAGGAAACGAAAAGCUGAAUGAUACGUUAGGUCUAGACCAAUCAGGACCUAGGAAGAGCAUGCUGGUACUCUCUGAGUUCAUUGGGUGCUCCCCGUCCUUAAGUGGUGCAAUUAGAGUUAACCCCUGGAACAUUGAUGCUGUGGCAGAAGCGAUGGAUUCCGCUCUUAUGGUUUCGGAAGCUGAAAAACAGUUGAGGCAUGAGAAACACUAUAAAUAUGUUAGUACGCAUGAUGUCGCAUAUUGGGCUCGCAGCUUCGUUCAGGACCUUGAAAGAGCUUGUAGGGAUCAUGAAAGGAGGAGAUGCUGGGGAAUUGGUUUCGGCUUAGGGUUCCGCGUGAUUGCUCUGGAUCCCAGUUUUAAGAAGCUAUUAGUCGAGCAUAUUGUUUCAGUUUACAGGAGAACCAAAAGCCGAGCGAUUCUUUUGGAUUAUGAUGGAGCUAUGGGGUCAUCAGGAUCCAAUUCCAUCAGUGCAAUACCUACUGCUGAGACAGUUGGACUCCUCAACAGUUUGUGCCAAGAUCCCAAGAAUGUUGUCUUCCUUGUCAGUGGAAAGGAGCGAGCUAUCCUAAGUGAAUGGUUCUCAUCGUGUGAUAGACUUGGGUUAGCAGCAGAGCAUGGCUAUUUUCUUAGGCCAAACAAAGAAUCAGAUUGGGAAACUUGUGUUUCUGUGCCAGAUUUUGAUUGGAAACAGACAGCUGAGCCGGUUAUGAGAUUAUACAUGGAAACAACUGAUGGCUCUACCAUAGAAAUCAAAGAGAGCUCAAUUGUGUGGAAUUACCAGUGUGCAGAUCCAGAUUUUGGUUUUUGCCAGGCAAAGGAGCUUUUAGAUCACCUGGAAAGUGUUCUUGCAAAUGAACCUGUUUCUGUCAAGAGUGGCCAACACAUUGUGGAAGUUAAACCUCAGGGUGUCAACAAGGGUCUUGUGGCCGAACGUCUAUUGGAGAUGAUGCAGCAAAGGGGAAUGCUUCCAGACUUCGUUCUCUGCAUUGGAGAUGACCGCUCUGACGAAGACAUGUUUGGGGUAAUAACGAGCGCGAGAGAGGGCCCGGCACUUUCUCCAGUUGCGGAGGUGUUCCCAUGCACCGUGGGCCAGAAACCAAGCAAGGCCAAGUACUACCUGGAAGACACGAACGAAAUCUUGAGGAUGCUUCAAGGGCUGGCCAACGCUUCGGAGCAAGCCGCCUGAAAUUCUUCGCUGACCUCGUAGGGCAACACUUCUGCGACUAAAGAGUAAACAACCCUCCUUUCAAAAUCCAAAUUCGACAUGAUAUGCAAGAAUCCAGGUGUAUCAUGCCAUCUGGCAGGGGAGAGCAGACAGCACCAUUUUUUCACUUUCGUAAUUUUCGAUUUUGGGUGAGGGAACUUGAUCCCCCUUCUUCUCGGAGUCUUUUCACGGUUUAUUCGUGCAGCGCCCUAGUGCGCGGUAUUUGUUGGCUGUACCAUAAUGAUGUGUUGUAGUAUCUCAAAACAUUGUGGCAGUUCAUAGGUUGUAGAUGAUGAUUGAAGAUUGAGUACUGAAAGUGGGGUUGAGUUUGCUUCCUGAA